CCCACUCGGUUGCCGCCUGGCGCGGGCGCGCUGCGCAGCGUGUCGUGUUCUCCGCCCUUCCUUCCCGCGGCGCUCGAGGUACCAUGGCGGAUCCUCGCGUGAGGCAGAUCAAGAUCAAGACCGGCGUAGUGAAGCGAUUGGUCAAAGAAAAGGUGAUGUAUGAAAAAGAAGCAAAACAGCAAGAAGAAAAGGUUGAAAAAAUGAAAGCUGAAGAUGGUGAAAAUUAUGCCAUUAAAAAGCAGGCGGAGAUCCUGCAAGAGUCCCGGAUGAUGAUCCCUGAUUGCCAGCGCAGGUUAGAGGCUGCAUAUACUGAUCUUCAGCAGAUAUUAGAAAGUGAAAAAGACUUGGAAGAAGCAGAAGAAUACAAAGAAGCACGUUUAGUACUGGAUUCAGUGAAGUUAGAAGCCUAAAACUUUCCUGUACAGGGUGGGGGUUUUUGUGAGGGUUUUUUUUUUUUUUUUUUUUUUGCACUAAAUCCUGGGGUCCAUUCUAUACUUCAUUAUUUUCGAGACCACUGCUGUGUGCUUAGUAAUAUGAGGAUGAUUCUUUUUAUGCAAUUGCAUAUAUUUUCUUUGCAUAACUUACUACAUCAAAUAAAUGAGUUCAUCAAAUAAAA